CUCGCUCUCCGCUUUCCCCUCUCCGGUAAGGUCACAGCUCAUCUAAGCCGCGGUUGUGUGUUAGUGGAGCAGAGAUGACGACCGAGAUCUCUCAGCAGCAGCUGGACCCGCCGCCUCCCCUGAGGUCCAGCCCAGCCUCAGGCGUCCUGCACCCCGCCAUGAUGAGCCCACAGGCAGAGGUGGACAGCUCCUCGUCCGGGGCCAAAGGCAAGAAGGCGAGCUCCGGCCUGAGGCGACCGGAGAAGCCUCCCUACUCCUACAUUGCGCUCAUCGUCAUGGCGAUACAGAGCUCACCGACCAAGAGGCUGACGCUCAGUGAGGUCUAUCAGUUCCUCCAGGCCCGGUUCCCCUUCUUCAGAGGGUCCUAUCAGGGCUGGAAGAACUCCGUCCGGCACAACCUCUCCCUGAACGAGUGCUUCAUCAAGCUGCCCAAAGGGCUAGGCAGGCCGGGGAAAGGCCACUACUGGACCAUCGACCCGGCAAGCGAGUUCAUGUUUGAAGAGGGUUCGUUCCGCCGCAGACCCAGGGGCUUCCGGAGAAAAUGCCAAGCCCUUAAGCCCAUUUACCGGAUGAUGAACGGGAUAGGCUUCGGUACGUCCAUUUUACCGCAGAACUUUGAUUUUCAGGCGCCCUCUGGGUCUCUGGCCUGUCAUAGCAACGGUUACAACUUGGACAUGAUGACCAACUCCAUGGCCGGUGGCUACGACGGAAUGAGCGGCGGCCACCACGUACCUCACAUGUCCCCGAGCCCCGGGUCCACAUAUAUGGCCAGCUGUCCGGUAACGUCCAACGGGGACUACGGUGGACCGGACAGUAGCAGCAGCCCUGUGCCCUCGUCCACGGCUAUGGCCAGCGCGUUGGACGGUCAUUCUCCAUACGCCAGUAGCGCCGGACACUGGGCGUCUCCCGGCGGCUCCCCGUACAUCAAGCAGCAGCCUCUGGUCUCCAGCAGCUCGGCGUCCUCUGGGCUAAACUCCGGAAUGUCCCCCUAUUCCCUGGAGCAGAGCUACCUCCACCAGAACGCCAGGGACACCGCCGAUAUCUCAGGUAGGCUAAUAAAUGCUGUGUGAGUCAAGUCAUAACGCGUUAAUAAAUAGUUUGAAAUGUCAUGCGUAAUAGGGAGUUUAAGCAUACACAUAUUGCCAUUCCAAAUACACUUGGGCAAGCAUAGCAAGUCCUAUAAAAAGUGGUAUAUACAAGUAGUGCAUUUGUUACACACAUGGCAAACAAACCUUUGCAGGUUGACAAUUUACUAACUCAAGUUUGCUCUUUGGUCAGGCUGUUUUCUUGAGGCUAAAACCACAACAAUUACGCAAUGCGUAAUAUCCUAUAAAAUUCUCGAUUUGUAUGUGAAAAGUAUAGUUGGCCUUUCAUAUAGUCAAUAGAGAAUAUCAUUCUUACUUGGGCUACGUGACACAUAGGCAGAUUAAACAAAGCUUUGGCAAAGAAAAUAACCACCGGUAGUCUAGUGUGUUUGAUGCAGCCUAAAUAUGGAAUACCUUGCAUUCGUAAUAUAUCUAUAAAACUCUGUUGGAGAUGGAUAGGUCUCAUAUAAUUUAGGCCUAAUUUAAAGGACUGGUUGACGUGGAUGCAUUUCCUUCACAUUUCAAUUUGUCUUCUGGCAAAAUGGCUUCCAUAUUUUGUGGGCUAAAGUAAUUUGAUUGGAUUUAAGAUUAUUAGUUUCCCACUAUAUUAUGUUGUGGAAUUAAGGUAACAUUUUGAAUGACUCCGGCUGAAAUAAUCCUCUUUGAGGGACCAUUACAAAUCUGCAUGGGUAAUUAGAAGGACACUUCAGAUGAGUUGGGAAAUGUAAGGGCAAACAGAGUUUCUAAGAACUGAAAUUAACAAAAUAGUUACAAAUGUUGCUGAAAUAUAGGCUAGGCCUUAGGAAGAAUAAUGUGGGGGCUGUGUUCUUGUUUACAUACAUGUUUAGAAAGGAGAUUGGUGCAAUGGGGUAUAAUUGAAACUGUAGCCCCCUUUGUGUAGAUUUUACACAUCGCUCCCUCGGCCAGUUGAUUGCCUUAACAUCUAUGUCGUUUAGUUCAUGUUAACCUUGUUUUACAUGAUUCUAAUUUAUCGACGCUUUAACAAAAGUCCAAUGGAUUUCUGAGGGGAAUUAUUCUAAAGCCAGAGGGGUCUCAGGGGUUAUCUAAACAAAGGCUGUGCGAGUCGGACCACACUGCAGAUGAUUUCAACUAACUAAUAGGCCUAGACCUCGCAGGAGACUCCAAGGCUUGUUAAACUUUACGACUUCACAUAACUAUUUAGAAGACAAGCCUUUAUCUGUGCUCACCGGGCUCUACACGGCCCAUAACGAUUGUCAGUCACCGCCAGUGUGUUGUCUCUGAAAAUGGGACGCAAGGGCAGCACCCUCAGGAUAGAGGCCUGCAGUCCCCUGGACAGAAACACCGACAUUGCGCGUGCAUGCCUCACAUCUGGAGUCCUUAUGACCUUGAUGAGGCUCACGCUCUCGCUCCCCUUUCCCUCUCUUCCCUCUUUCUCGCUCUGAUUGUGUUGCUGGCCUUGCGUAUACAGAUCUAUGACAAAGGACCGCUGUUCUAAUUUUACAGAUGUCAUAAUUUGUCUGAAAAUGAUUUAAGGCCAUAUAAUUAUGAAUUAACACGUGUGAUGUUGGUACUGCAGCUCUCGGGGAUAAACAGUGUAACGUGUCUAUGGCCCGCAAGAGAAACGGACAAUCAAACAUAAGCACCGUUACCUAAAUCAUCUUUCAUAAAUCUCUGACCGAUAUAGAGGCCAAUUGGUGUAGAAAGCACUGAAACAAAAACGUUGUUUGGUUAUUAUAGGCCUAUCAAAUAACUUUUAACUAACUUAACUUUAUCUGGUUUAAGACGAAACACUGGAAAUGUAAGACUAAACUUUUCUCUAGGUUAAAUAUAAUCGUGACCCUCCCACCCCUACGAGAGGGCAGCUUCCGCUCAGCCCAGUCAAAUCUCUUCUCUGUCCUGGCACCCCAAUGGUGGAACAAGCUUCCACCCUAAAGUCAGGACAGCGGAGUCCCUGCUCAUCUUCCCUGCCCUACACCUCUGAAGAGUAGCCCACCUUAAAAAAGUAUCACGCUGCCCCCCUUCCCACCCAAUUUAAAACAGACUUUGCUGCUAAAUACUUAAGGAAAAUGUAGUACUUGAUACGAUUGAAUGCACUAAUUGUAAAUUGCUCUGGAUAAGACAUCUGCUAAAUGACAAAUAUAUGUGUACACAUAAUUAAACUAUCACUAAUGCAAAAGUAUACCAACUCAGCUAAACAAACAUUAGAGACGCAAGGAUUCAGAAGUCAAGUCUUGAGUGUUUUCCAUUAGGCUAAUUUCUGAAUUAAAGACUGCUGCUCGAAUGUACACUUUUUGUUGCAUCCAUAGCAUAUAUUUGCUCAGCUAUUUUGUGUAGGCCUACGCUCUGUGCCUCUAAUUUGCACAAUUCCAAAAUAAGCUAUUGUACAUUAAAAUCAUUGCAUGGUUAAAUGUGAAUAUUUUAAAGAGGAAAUAGGCUUAACACAUGCAGUUUCUUGAUUUUCAAUUAAAUGUUAGUGGUAUUCUCGUGAAUGGAUAUACUGAGGGGAGCAUGGGAGCAUUUCCAUUAUUUUACCUAUACUAAAAAGUACAGCAAUUCUCUGCCUCUUCAUCAAUUAAUACGUUAUCACAGGUCUACGAAACAUACGCGGAAUCACUUUUAUUCGCUAAGUAGUCUAUACACACCCAGAAUUUUACUUGGUGCUGCUAGCAAUAGACAAUGAAUAUAGUCGAAACAGACAGAUUAAUUGACAAAGUUCACAUAUAUUAUACAAAAUAGAAAAGUGACCAUAGAACUGUAGAAUAUGAGCGAUUUUACAGUGAGGAAUAUAUCGUUUACAGUAUAAAUAAUAUAUCUAAAUGCAGAGGUAGGGAUGUUUCGUGACGUAGUUAAUUAACAAGUCCCUGCCGUAAUAGUUGAGGUCUGAUCUAUAGAUUCAAUGAAAUUAAUUUCUGCAUCUGGAGUUGUGGGAGUCUUCACAUUGUUUACUGGCCAAAUUAUUCCAAGAUGUGUCAACUCAAACAUAGUUAAACGGUAUAUGCCUAAUUACAUACACUGUAAAUGGUUUACAGUGAAUUUGACAGUAGUUUACAGGCAGCACAGUGGCAAGUAAAAUUCGGCAUUUCGUAUUACAGUAUAUAAAUACGGCAUCAAAGAAAGUACUGUGUAAUGACAGUACAAUACCAUAAAAUGUACUAUUAUACUGUAAAAACUAGAUGCUUCCAUAAUUGGAAUGAAUGGAUGAAAUUCAUUCAGGGGAGGGGUUUGUAUUACAGUAUUUUACUGUAAUUACAAGGGAUUGGUGCAAGCAAGUUGGCUGCAAGGUAAAGUGUUUACACAUUACAGUAUAUUAACUAAUAUUUGGUGUUUUAUAUCACUUGUACUUCUAGAGGCCUUAAAGGCCCAGUUUAGUCAAAAACAUGAUUUUCCUGUGUUUAAGGCAUACAUAUUCCACACUAUGAGGUUGCAAUAAUACUGUGAAAUUGUGAAAGAUGUCCUUUUAGUGUAAAAGCUUUUUGGAAAGGCCGCCUGAAAUUUCAGCCUGUUUUGGUGGAAGGGAGUUUUGGCCUUCCAUGGUGACAUCACCAUGCCGCAAAUUAGUUAAUAGACCAAUAAGAAGUGCCAAACCUCUGCCAAUAACAGGUACUUUCAUUUUUCCCCUCCCCACUCAAACCACUCCCAGAAAGUCCUAGCAAAAUUAUUGCUUGAGAAAUUGCUUUUUGCUAAGCUGUGUCUUUUUGACCAUUUUAAUUUAACAACAAUCACAGUAAGGUUGUUAACCAGAAAUUAUUUGAUAUUGAGAUAAAAAUGGCUGCACUGGACCUUUAACAAAGGCUUCCAACCUAGCAGCGUCUACAGGGCAAAACAGACCAAAAGGACAUGGCAAAAUGCCCAACCAUUUAAUGUUUAAGAUUUGCUGCCAUUCUACUGUCUCCUAUACAAAUUGAUGGGGCACUAUAACCACAGGAGUUAAAUUGGUACAGCAUUCUCACUCACAGGUACCAAAAAAUAUAGCCUCUUACAAGGCAUGCCUCAAAAUAUGUUAAUGAGCCAGAAACAAUACCAUGCACCCACUAGUGGUCAAAAGGUUUUGGGCGUGCCAAAGAUACGGUAUGGGGUGGAAUUACAGUACCAUAUACAGUGAUUCUUUCCCCGCCCAAAACAUUUCCCCACAAUGGACCAUCAUUUACAGUAUGCUGCAGUAAAACAUUUCAGAGUAUUUUAGUUUAUAAUACCGUAAUUACUAUGUAAUUUAAAGUUUUACAUUACAGUGUAUAGACAAUACACUGAAUAAUAUAUAUAUUUUUUUUAUAUAGAAAGUCAAUUUAAUGCAUGAAUGCUUCUGUUAGAUAUAAUAUUUAGGCUACAGAAUUCCUAUUUGUAAAAACCCACAAUAAUUAAGGCUUUAUCCUAUAUUCUGAAACGAAACUCAGACUUAACUGGGUUAUUUUUUUGUUUAAAUGUCCAUUUAUUUUUGAUUGAUUUAGUAAAAACGAGUUCUUCACUGUUCUCUCCUUUUCUCCAGUGGGGAUCCCUCGCUACCAGAGCCACUCCUCACCCAUGUGUGACAGGAAGGAUUUUCUCCUGAACUUUAACGGUAUCUCCUCGUUUCGUCCUUCAGCCAGCGGAUCUUACUAUCAUCAUCACCAACAUCACCAAAGCCUUUGUCAAGACGUCAAACCGUGUGUGAUGUGA